AUGCGAAACCACAUAUCCUCGACAAUCAUCGACACUGGUAUCGUGAAGCACAUGAUUGAGGAAGAGGGGGUGAAAGUCAGCGAGGAUGAGCUCAUUGACAUAUCCAUCUUCCGGUCUCGCCACCCGGUAGAAUUUCUGAAAGGAGCUUGGAAACUUCGGGACAGGGCCAUUGCUCUGCUCAGUUUAGCCGCCAGACACGGGCAUACAGAUAUCGUCAAGUUCCUGCUUAAUGCUGGUGCAAAACCUGACAAUGCAAUCGAGUUCGCAGCUAUGUGUGGGUCUAGGACGAUCAUGAGGUUGUUGUGGGAGCACGAUGAGUAUGGGAAUGAUGCUGUACAGGGCGCAUUCACAGUGGCAGUAGACCGAGAGGACACUGCGGUGUUCAAUCUUCUGAAAGAGCUUGGAGCUAAGCUCGAUGACGAUGUGCGUGUGGCCCUGAGCCAGAAAGCGCAGGGAGAAGGACUGGAGUCAAUGGUUAAAUUGCUGGAAGAAGACGCACGAACAUGUGAGAGUGUCAGGACUUAG